UCCCAGCAUUCAUCGCGCUAAAGUGGCGGUUCCGCAUUCGAAUGAGCAGAGGUAGCCUAGUUGAAAGCUUAGCACUGUAGUUUCGUGGUUUCUAGGUUGAAAACUCAAAAUCAGUGCAGGACUCAAAGCUUGAGGCUUAUAAUGACAGAUGGGAGACCCUGCAAAGUGUGUAACUUCACACGUCAGAAAUCAUACGGAGUGAUUGUUCCCUCGUUGGAUGAUCUGAAGAAAAAAGGAUGCGAGUUUCUGGGAGUGAGCCCCUCUGCCCCUGUCACUGUGGUCCUUGAGGGUGAUGGGACCAUAGUAGAGGAUCAAGCCUACUUUUUGUGUUUGCCUUUUAACACCAAGUUCAUGCUGCUGCAUGACAAAGAAACGUGGGCUCCAGCUCGCAAGAUUGAUGGCGGCACGGCUUGGAUGAGGAGAGAGUCUGUGGUUCUGGAAGCCGAUGCCGUCGACUCCUGCAUUGCUGAGGCGCCAUGGUGGAAUCUGGCACUGCAGCUGAAGCAAGACCUGACCAGUAUCAUUCUCAUGUCUGAGGGAGACCUACAGUCUUUAGUGGAGGCGCCGUGCUCUGAACUAGCCUCUGCCCUGGGCUUCCAAGAGAAGAAGGCAGAGGAACUUCAGGAGACGCUGCAGAGGGUUUUGGAUCGCAGGGAGGAGGAAAGGCAGUCCAAAGAGCUGCUCCAGCUGUACCUCAAAGCUGUGGAGAACGAGGACAGACAGCAGGGAGCCACAAGUCCUUCUAGUCAGGACGGUGCUGGAGAUGUGGACAUGCCGGACGGAUUGGAGGCGGACUCUGCGUCCGAGUUCAUGUCCAGGACACUGAUGGUCCUGAAAGGCAAAACCAGCCCAGAGACCAGACUCUCCACUGAGGAUUUGCAGGCGGUAGUGAGCAGAGGGCUGGAAGCCAUGCAGCAGGUGCUGGGUUGGGACGCAGGCAGGACCGCCGCGCUGCUGCAGGCCUGCGAGGCGGAGCUGUCGACGCGCCUGCAGCAGAUUCAGGCCAUGCAGUCCAUCAGCGGCACGCAGCAGGACGACGGCAAACCCGGGCAGGGGGCGGGAACAGCGACCCAAGGCAGCAGCUAGGUUUGACCGAGCAGAGACUGAUAAGGAUUCACACUAACCUGCCUCGGGGUCAGCAGAAUGGGAUUUGCUCUGUGUUGCUGUUUAAGUAGCUCUUGCUAAGAAUGUGGAAGGUGUGGAUCUCUGCGUCGUUUUGAGAGCACUGAGAAAGCAGUGAAGUUGGUGGAUGCCUGGAAGAGCGCCUGGGCUGAUUUGCACAAAUGUGUUCAGUUUGAAUAUGUUUAACCACUUUUUGAUUUCAAUAUUUGUGUUAUGUUGGGGUGAUAGCUACAGACAAACAUAUGCUUAUAAAUAUUAACAUGCUAGCUCCCAGUAGUCUUAGGGUGGUUUUGCUGAAAGUUAAUGUCAUCCAGUACUUGGCAGGUAUCGAGAGCUAAAAAUGCCACAAUAAAUAAAUACUUACAUAUUUGUUUAUAUGUGGCAGUUAAAAAAUAUUGGUAUUGUAUUCAUCAAAUAGUUACCCAUCAUUACGGAAAUAUUUAUAAUUCUUAAAAUGCACAAUUAUAUCUGUUGAUCGUCCUUAUAAAGUUGAAUUCAAUCGUAAAAGCUUAUUUAAUGUAGUAUUUAUGCAAUUAUCUCAUAGUCCUGAAUUGCAGCACAUGGUGUUUUUUUUUUUUUUUUUGCUUUUUUUUAACUUGUGAGCUGUAUUCUUUAAAAUCGGUGGCCUCAGCUACAGGCAAAGUGAUUGGCCUGCUGUCCAUUAACCAAUCUAACAUCAGAGAGUGAUUCACACAUUGGGGUAUUUUUUUUGUUUUGUUUUGUUUUUUGUUUUUUUUUAGCAAAAGACAAACAACUGGAUGUUUGUCUAGCCAAAGUGACUGUUUACUUUAUUUCCUGAUGGGCCGUAGAUAAGGGAACUAUGACAUAAUUAAAUAAAUAUUGAAGUAAAGUUUAACAUACAAGGAAUUCAAGCUCUAAUUAAUGAUUUCUGUUUUAUGUUUUUCGUAUUUAAAACCUUACUGACAGAUAAAUGUUAACAUUUUAUUCAAAGCAUCACAUGUACAAGUUUGAGUCAUUUUCUGGAUUGUGGCACCUUCAGCCCCCCACAUUUAAAGCAAACUAAUCAAUACGCUGGUUUAUGUAUUGUCCACUAGAUGGCACUGAUCAGGGUUUCUGCAGUGUACCAAAACAUUAAAUAAAAAUAUAUAAAUACACUAGCUUUUAAAUUUGCAUUAGUUUAUAUAACAGAUUUGUUUACUCGCUCAUUUUCAGUUUUUAUUUUUUGCUUCUGAAAACAGUUUAGACUUUAAAAUAAAACUUAUUGUAAUGUCAUCCACUACCAGCUCGUUUUUUUGUUUUUUGUUUUUUUUUACUGUGAAUAACAAAUGUUUACUUAAUGUUUGGGUAGAAAACAGGUCAGCUGUUUGGUCAGUUGCUGUUUUAGGUUAACUGUAUGCAGUAAGCAUUGGUGUAAAAGUAUUGUAGUCAUAUUCCUAGGGAUUGGUUGUCUUGCCAAGCUAAGUGAGCUGUUAUUUAUUAAUUUGGAUCAAAUCAUUUCCUGCUAUUCAUGUUUGUCCCAAAUUUGAAUAAUAUUGGUCUUAAUAUUCUAAAAAGGUUCAUACUUUACUUUUUGACACUCACAGACACCCUUACUGUUUAACUGUUUAACAAUAAAUCUAGAAAUUGUGUUUUGUAAUCUUGAGUAUGGUACUCUACUGGAGAAUUUUGUUACUGUUUUAACUAAAAACUGCUUUGCCUUGUCUGUUCUCUAAGUUAGGCUAGUUGCAGUUAGCUUCAUAGAUGGCAAUUGGUUGCGAAACUGUUCAUAUAAAUAAAUUUCUUCCCAGAGAUGGACAAAGUGCUCCUCUGAGUUUGUCAAACUUCUCCUUUUUAAAUCUGCUAAUGUACUAUAUUUCAAGAUGACAAAUAUGCUCUAUGUUUCAUCAGAUGCAGCAUUUUAACAGAGUGAAAAAACAGGGAUUUGGAUUAGCUAGAGGAGCUAUUUCAAGGCCAAUCAAAUGGCAUCAUUUAGUUUGUUUGGAGAACAAUUUUCAUGCGUUCGCAAUGAUGCGCUCAAAAAUCCAGGGCGACUUUUACAAAACUUGAAGCAUCAAUCAGAUGCAGUUUGCUACAUACACAUUACUUUAGUCCGAUUUCCUUACUUAUCGGAUAAAAAGGAAUUUUCUUUCUUACAGCAAAUUCUAUCUGAAAAACAUAAACAGCCUUCUGCCUGAGCACAGUCGUACAACACCGCCAGAAACCAGAUAACACUACCAGAUUAACACGUUAUUUAUGCACUGUGGAUGAUUUAAGUGUAUAUCUUGCCUACAAUCCUGACAGUCAUGUGUUGGUCUGAUGGAUGUGUGAUGUAAGACUGUGCGUGUUGGUCCGUGUGACACGAACACGCGGUAGGUUCUCUGUUGCGUCCUCUUAUCUCUGGAACACCGAACAGAAUCGAUGGACUUAUUUUUACUUACGUAAUCUUUUGGCGUUUUUUUGUGUGCGAGAUUAUAAUGCAGACAAAACGCGCUCCCUUCCCAACUGUCCGAGCGCAAUUAGUGAGAAUUGUGUCUUUUGCAAAAACAGUUGAGCUUCGGUGUGAAGCGGACCCGUUGCUUUUUCAUGAAUAGUUUUUAAAGCAGAUUCUUCUCCAGGACACAUCAAGGUGUAACAUCUGUAUGAUAGGAUGUAAGGGCUACGUUUUAACAUGUCUUUUGGUAAAUAAAGGCGUCUAAAGUUUC